UAUUAGAAGAAAUAAAUCCGCAACAACAAAUGCAGGGUUUGUUUACAGGCGGAGUCGUCAAGAUCAAAGCCGUGGUUUUUUUAAGGUUGUGAUUAAAUAACCUAAGCUACUGACACGACAGAAAAAUAAAUACACUGUGGGUUGAUGCAGACAUCCUUAAUGGCUAGUGACAAGUCAUGAAGAUCCUCAGCCUACAAAACAUCUCCAAAGCUUUCAUUUCUCACAUGUUGAAGAAUGUGGAAAGAUGCUCAGAUGUGUCUGCAGCGUACAAGUAUCUGCUUCCAGUGGCACCACAUCUCGCAGAAAUUGCCUACAUGUGCCAAUACUACAAGUCACCCAAACUAACAGAGUUAUUUUUACCUAUUCUAGUGGCCAAAGGGAAGUUGUUUAUCAAUGCUAUAAACAUAAAAGAGAUAUUGAGUUACUGGAAUGAGAGUGAGUGCAAAACUAACGUUGCUUCCAUAACGCACCUCAAAGUGGGGGAUAUUGAGGGGAGGCAGUACUUCAACUUCCUCCCUUUUCUUGGACACUUAACUAGGUUGCAGUACUUAGAAAUUGGUUCUUUUGUGGAUGAUGACCUUUUGGUAGUGUUGGGUAUCAAUUGCCCCCAAUUACUUGUAAUAGAUGCUCGGGAAGAUACGGCAAAUGCAGUGACUGAUGUUGGGCUUUCUUAUUUGGCUCUCUGUACAAAAUUAAGGCGUGUACUCUUUUCGGUUUUCGCAGAUGAAUAUGACUGUACAGUUGAUCAGCUUGGAUUUUCAGGGAAGGGAAUCGCACUCUUAUUACUCUCUCUACCAGACCUGGAGCAUGUACAGUGCUCUGAAUAUUUAUUGAGGGAUGCUCUUCGUUUUAUUUACCAAUCUAGUUAUCACAAUAGAACUCUCCCUGUACGAUGCAUGUUCAUUGAUCAUCCAGAAGUUAAUGUGCGUACUUUACAGAUUGUGCCAAUUCUAUGUCCAAAACUGGAAGUCAUAUCUCUCUUGGCAGAAAAUAACAAUGAAAAACUUAUUGGAAAAUCAUUAAGAGCACUUUCAAAGUUAAAGAUAUUGGUCCUAAGUUUAGGGAGUGGAUGCAAAUUUGAUUUGCUAAAUUUUGCAAGCUAUGGACCACAGCUUGUUUAUUUACAAGUAACAACCCAUCUACUGGACAGUCAGGAUGUCUUGCUCCUGAGCCAUACCUGUGUCCAGUUAAAGACAUUAGUAUUGAAAAUGUUUAGCUUUGGGUUUGAUGGUGUAGGUGCAACCAACCUUGAAAAUUCACUCUUCCCAAGAGUUGAGAAAUUGGAGCUGCACCAAAAUAUUUCUGUCAGGUUGUUUAAGUUCCUGAACAGCAACAUGGAAAACUUGCGUGAAGUAUACUUUACCUGGGCCACCAUCCAUGACCUGGAAGAUGCCUUGACUGUAGUAGCGCAAUCUGGAGGAUGGAAAAAUGUUGAACUUUUAGUCCUCCCAAUCUUGAGUCAAAUAUCUCUGCCUGUUGCUCAGAUGAUAGCAGCAGCUCUCCCAAAUCUAAAAUGCCUUGGGAUUACUGUCCACGAAAGUGAAGAAAAUGACUUAAAUAAUUAUAUACACAGGUACCUGCCUCUAGUUUCUCGUGCCGACCAAGAGUCAGUGCCAUCGCCCAGUACCUCAGGAAUAUUCUCACAGAACUCUUGGAGUGAUGAAAUUCAGAUUGAUCAGAUUUACCUUUAAAAAUGGGAGCAUUGUUAUAAGAAGAAUUGUGAUAUACCUUAUUUCACACCCUCUUUAGGAAGAACAAGUGAAUGAAAGGGAUAAUUUAUAAUAGUCAAGAUUAGGUAAUCAAACAACCAGUGCCAAGCAGAGCAUCUGUCAUCUGUCAUAUUUUAUAAGAACUGUGGCUUUAUAUAUAUUUAUGUAGUGUUGGUAGUGCUAUAAAAAUGUAAUUAAACUGCAGAAUACAUUCUGUAACUUCAUACCUCAGACAGCAUGAAGAAUGGAAAUGAUAAAAGUAUAUGAAUAGGUGAUGUAUGAAAAUAAUGAUAUUAAAGUAACUGCUGCAUACAGAGCAUGUUCAUGUUAAUAUAUUAUUGUGUACAAGAAGUUUAGUAAUGUAAUACAGCAUAAAGAAAUGCUGAUUGUUAUUUAUUUAAUUUUAUGUACUCUGUAUUUGAUUAAUCUGUUAUAGGCAAGUUUGGAUGUAGACUAAUGUUAAUAUAUAAAUGUACAUAGAUAAUUUAUUGUUACAGUUCUUAUGAUUUGUGUGCAUUUAUGAGCAUAUAUUUCAAUCGUAUUUUAAUAAUUACUUUUUAUCUGUAUAAUUUUAUAUUCUCUUUGUAUGAAAAUAUACAAGUAAUUUGUAUCCUCGCUUUGUGUUUAGAUCUCAUUAUAUAUACAUAUUAUAUUGUCUUUAUAACAUAAACUUUUAAAAGUGACCCAGUCUUGAAUUAUAUAUUAAAUGUAUUGUGGUGUAUUAAUACACACUAACCAAGUAUUUGAUCUGUAAUUAUCAGAGGAGACUUACACAGUUAUUCAGUUUAUUAUACAAAUACACAUACAGACGUAUUGCAAGAAUUUAUGUCUAUAUACAUACACAAGUACAAUUACACAUGCACAUACAUAUACACAUACACCUUCAUAUACAUACAUACACACAUUUACACAAAUACUAAAUCUCUGCUAUGAGAUUAUGAUGGUGACAGAAGACAAAGCAAAUGCCAGUAUAUUAAAGUGUAUUCUUAAUCCUUUAAGUGCUACAGUCAAAUUUCAGAGUGGUUGGUGCUAUGAGACUUUUCUCUGCAAAAGAAAUGGAAAUUGCUCUUUAGUCAUUGUGUAAAGUCAAGUAAUUUACUGGUGCCAAGCAAAACUUAAUAUGGACAUAUCAUUGUAGCACUCAAAGGCUUUUAAAGGGAUCACCUGUUUACAACUUACCCUGUACGCACAUUUUUGUCUUUUCUUUCUUACUUUUUUACUUGUGUAGAUUUCAUUGAAAUUGAUACAUGUAUUUAUUUACUUGUGAAAUAUUUCUAAGCUUUUAUACAAUGAUAAAAAUUACUUCCCUUUGUCAUAUACACUAUUGUAGUCAAUGUAAAGUAAUGGAUUCUAUUAUCCAGAUGAUGGUUCUUGGGUCUGAUAUUCAGUAUGGCAAAAAUUAUGAGAUGUAAUGUACACACAUACUUAACAUACAGUACACUGAUGUGUGUAGGUUUAUGUGUAACUCUUGUAUUACAUCAUCCCAAAAG